UGGUAAGCCUGACUUUAAACCGGCGUCCAUCUGUUCUGGCGUCUGGCUGGCUAAGUACAUUACAUAUUUAACAUUUUUACAUAUCUAACUUUAUUCGUAUAUCGUGUAAAAUCGUGUGCUUGGUGUGUAAGCUGAAAACUGUGAGGGUGAGGCGUAUUUGGCUGUAUCGUAAACCGUGUUAUAAAAUCAAAAAGAAAUAAAAUGGUUAGAGGAAGAGGUGGAAUUAUCCGAGGCCGAGGUGGAAUUGGUCGUGGAAUGGGAUUUAUAAGAAAACAAUUUAUAUUACGGCAUUUAUUUGAUUAUACUCUUUGUGAAGCAGCAUUUCCUCCAGUAAAACCUAUGCCUGAUGAAUCCGAUUUUACUAUGGCAUUAUUGAAAAAAAAUUCCGACAUGUGCCCGACUCCUAAAGAGCAAACUGCUAUUCUAGAUCUUACUGUUAAAUUACAAAGUGUAUUGGAUAAUUUAAUUGUUGCUCCGGGAACUUUUGAAGCUUGUCAACUCGAAGAAGUAAGAAAAGUAGGAAGUUUUAAAAAAGGUACAAUGAUUAAGGGCCACAAUAUUGCUGAUAUUGUUGUUAUUUUAAAAACUCUACCAACAAAAACAGCAGUUGAAGCUCUUGGCAAUAAAGUUUAUUUAGAUUUAAAAACAGUUAAUCCAAAAGAUACAUUUAAAUUAACUCAAACUGAACGUGGUUUUGAUAUUUCUAAUAAUGAAGCAACAGUUAAAGUUUUAAUAACAACACUACAUCAAAAUUUACGUAAACUUGAAUCUGAUCAGCAUAUUGAUGUUAAAAUUUGCCAAGGUCAUUUAGCUGCUAUAAGACAUUCACGUUGGUUUGAAGAAAAUGCUCAUCAUUCUAGUAUUAAAAUUUUAAUUAGAUUGCUUAGAGAUUUGAGAAGCCGAUUUGAAGGUUUUGAACCUCUUUCACCAUGGAUGCUUGAUCUUUUGGCUCAUAAUGCUAUUAUGAAUAAUCCUGGUAGACAAGCAUUACCAAUAAAUCAAGCUUAUCGACGAGUUCUUCAACUUUUAUCAUCUGGACUUUUUUUACCAGGUUCAGCAGGUAUCUCAGAUCCAUGCGAAAGUGGAAAUAUUAGAGUACACACAGCAAUGACUCUUGAGCAACAAGAUUUAGUAUGUUUGACAGCUCAAACUUUAUUACGAGUAUUAGCUCACGGUGGUUAUCGUCCUCUAUUAGAAGGUGCAAAUAAAUUAGCUGUUGAAAUGAGUGUUUGGCCAGGGGGUGUUGUCGCUAGUCCAUUGGACAAAGCAUACGAGCCACCAACUGAUCAAGAACAACAAGAAGACAUGGAUGAAAGCAAUGAAGAAAUGAUGACUGACACUACAUAAAUUAAUUUUUUUUUUGUUUUUUUUUUUUUUAUUUUUUAAA